GAGCGGCCGGCAAGAGGACCAAUAGGCGGUGGCAACAGUGCGGGGUGCGGUUGCUAGGGGGCGGGGCCCGGCUGCCUGCCAGGCUUGCCACCCUAGCAGCGGCGUCUGGGCUUCUGCACUUGGUUGCCACUUCCUGAGCCGCGGGGAUGGAGGCGUCGCGCUGCCGGCUCGGACCCCGCGGGGACAGUGCCUUUGAAGAUGAGACCAUGAAGCUUCGACAGCUGAAACUAGAUAAUCAGAGAGCACUGCUGGAGAAGAAGCAGAGAAAAAAACGCCUUGAGCCACUCAUGGUACAGCCAAAUCCAGAAGCAAGGCUACGUCGAUCAAAGCCAAGAGGUGGCGAGGAGCAAACUCCUUUGGUGGAACCUCAUACCCCACAGAACGAUGUCAUCCUACACGGCAUUGAUGGUCCAGCUGCCUUCUUGAAGCCAGAUGCUCAGGAUUUGGAAACCAAACUUCAUGUUCUGUCAGUAGGCUCUUCUGCUACAGAAGAGGACGCCGAAGGAAGUGUUGAUGGGGAAAACACUUUGGAGACUGUGUCCAAGCCAGAUCUCCAGGAAAUUCUCCAAAAACAUGGUAUCUCGGGUAGUUUGAACUUCGAUGAAGAGGAGACCGAUGGGGAGGAAGAAGGGAAAAAAUUAUGUCAUUCACCAUAUUCAGAGGCAGAGAGACCCAAUUCUGCAUCCAGCCAGAAAUCAACCACAGAUCCAGGAGCUUCUGGUACUGUGGCCCACCAAAUGGAUAACCAGCUGGGAGAAGUGGAGAACUUAGAGGACUUUGCAUGUAGUCCUGCCCCUCGGGGUAUUACAGUAAAGUGUCGGAUAACCAGGGAUAAAAAAGGAAUGGAUCGGGGUCUCUUCCCCACUUACUAUAUGCACUUGGAAAAGGAUGAAAAUCGGAAGAUAUUUCUUCUUGCAGGUAGAAAGCGGAAAAAGAGCAAAACAUCCAAUUACCUCAUCUCCACUGAUCCAACAGAUUUAUCUCGUGAAGGGGAAAGUUAUAUUGGCAAACUCAGAUCCAACCUCAUGGGGACCAAGUUUACAGUUUAUGACCAUGGUGUCAGCCCAAGCAAGGCCCAAGGUCUGGUAGAAAAGGCCUAUAUCCGGCAGGAGCUGGCAGCUGUCUGUUACGAAACAAAUGUACUUGGAUUUAAAGGUCCUAGGAAAAUGUCUGUGAUCAUUCCAGGGAUGAAUAUGAAUCAUGAACGGAUCCCAUUUCGGCCACGAAAUGACCACGAGAGCUUGCUUUCCAAAUGGCAAAACAAAACCAUGGAGAACUUGAUUGAACUGCACAACAAGGCCCCCGUCUGGAACGAUGACACACAGUCCUACGUCCUGAACUUCCAUGGCCGGGUCACUCAGGCGUCUGUGAAGAACUUUCAGAUAGUCCACGAACAUGACCCGGACUACAUAGUCAUGCAGUUUGGACGUGUGGCAGAUGAUGUGUUCACCCUGGAUUACAACUACCCGCUGUGUGCACUUCAGGCCUUUGCCAUCGGGCUUUCUAGCUUUGACAGCAAGCUAGCAUGUGAAUGAGAAAACAGCAAGCGCCAAGCUUUCUCCCUCAGAGCUUUCUGGAGCGGAUAAUUGCCUCCUUUGCUUUUGCCCCAGGACACGAAGAGCGACAGCCCGCCCCUUUGGGAGUAAUCCCCAGAUGUACGUCUAUGUGUAUAUGUGCCUGUGUACAUAAGCAUAUGUGUAUACAUACACAUGUACACACACACUCAGCUCCUCUGGGUUCCACAGACCCGGUCAGGGGUCACAGCUUCACACGGGUGAGAGGUGGUUCAGAGCACAGAGGUUCCUGUCCGGAGCACGUCAGUAGCUCCUGAGGUGACUGCACCACAGAUUGUGUGCCUCAACAGUCAGGUUUCCUUGGAAACCUGCAGCUAGAAUCACGUUCUAAUGAUGAAUUACUUGGGCUCUUUUUUUGGAAGACCUGUUCAGAGUGGGAUAGAUAGUUCCCUAAAUUGCCUUUAGUCUUCAGGUCCGCAGGCUUUGUCUGUAAGUAGCCAGAGAGUCCCUCACAGCUGUUCAGCUCUGUUGUACUAGAAACACAGCCACGGCCAGUUCAGAAACCAGUGAGGGUGGCCGUGUUCCUUGGAAACUUUAGUGACAAAAACAGGCAGCAGGCCAGAUUUGGCCUGUGGGCUGGCUUGCGGGCCCCUGCUCCAGAGAUAUUUCUGUAAGCGAUGGGCCUCAGCAUCUUCCAGGAUGGGCCUGUGGUCAGGACAUAUGAGUGGGAAAUGGAUAUCUCUAGGAAGCAACAGUCCCACAGACUGGAUCCAAAAAGGUACUCGGCGACAUCCACAAAGCUUUUGCCUUGUUUUUAAUUUUUAUUUAUUUUUUUUAAGUAAGCUUUACAUCCAACAUGGAGCUUAAACUCUUGACCUUGAGCUCAAAAGUCACAUGCUCUGCUGACAGAACCAGCCAGGUACCCCUUAACAAAUUUUUAUUUUAUUUUUCAGUAAGCUUUAUGUCCAGCGUGGGGCUUUUUAAAAUUUUUAUUUUAUUUAUUUAUUUUUUUUUAAGUAAGCUUUGCUUUUACCUUGUUUUGGUGAUGAUGGUUUCUAGAGCAUUACUGACCUUCAGAACUGGGAAAACCCCAAAUCAGUGAUCAUUUUGAGUUCACACAGGUAGCUUAACCCCGCUGUCCUACCCAAAGUACCCGUGGGGGAAGACAAUGUCAGCCACCAGCCACUUUACCACCCGAUGAGAAAAACUUAACGCUCACUUGUAAACAAAUCCAGUAUUGUAUGGGCUUUAUCAGAGGGAGUGUGGUAUUGUUAGAGCUCGCUGGCUUUCCUCAUGGGGCUUGGGCGGUACUUUAGUCACAGGCUUCCCUCAGAGCAGGUUGGCUGGCAGCAAUCUCAGUCAAAGCGGCUAAGGCCAAAUUUUGUGAUCAGUCAUGUGAGAAACGUAUUGUCUUAAUUUCAGUUUAGGCUGAAACCAUCAACUCUAGAGGUGACUUAGUCUAACUAAGACAGAGAGGAACGUGACAGUUGCCUUCAUUUUCAGUCCAGGAGCGCCUCCUACAGCUAUAUUACUAUGGAGCCGUUAGUAGAGAGGGACACACACCCGUAGACCAUGAAAGAGGUAAGAGAACGUUCUGUAUUGGAACUCGUCAUUGUCAUUAUCCAGAGAGGUGGCUUUAUGCAGGGAGGCUUUGGUGAGGACCAGCUAGCUGACUGAGCUCUGCAGACCUUGUCAGGCAGAGCUUUGGGCCUUUCUUCUUAACAGAAAUAUCAGUUCCCUAAAGCCUGGCUCUUUGGUACAGAUCAUGCUCCUGUCACUUUUCCUCACAGAUGAUAAGAGUUUUGCCAAGUCUUUCAGAUCAUUAGCACCUCCCAGCAAAUCCUGUGACUCUGCUUGCCGCCAGUUCACCAGUCUCAGAAUGCCUCUGACUGGAGAAUCCAAGAACUUUGUGCGUUCUACGUUCAGCAUUGUUCCACUCCCAAGCCUUUGUGCGCCGAGCUGUUUGCCAGCAUGGGGCAAGGAAUCCGCGGCUGUUGCUCCAUUAUAUUUCCCUUCUGUGGACUUCCUUUUCACCCCACUUCCUGUUGUUCCUUGCUCCACAUCAAAUAGCAAUGCGAAGGAAAGAGACACAGGAGAUGGACUCUUUGCUCAUCCCCCACUGGCGAGGCCUGUCUGCUUUGUUUUGACAUGAUUGGUUUCCAUCUCAGGCAUGCUUCCUAUCAAGUGCCUCAUUCAUAGAAGUGCCCUAAAGCCCUUCAGACCUCUGGCACCACCGUCCUGACGUACUGUCUAAUCCGCCCUUGUCGAAAACGGAAAGCUGUUCACUUCCCUCCAGUUGCAGCAGGUGACAGUGUCUGGGGAAAGGGAGCCUGACGGGACGACUGGAUCUAGUCCUGUUUCCUCCUGCUCUGUCUGGCUCUGAGACUCUGUACCCCAACUUCGUGUACUCUCUGCUUGAGUAUGCAGGCGAUUGGUUUUACAUAAAUCAUAUUUAUACCUUUUGUAUGCUACAGAAAUAAAAGAUAAUUUAUAUAAAAA